AUGACCGACGCACAAGCUAUGCACAUCUUCUCCCAGUCCCCCGUCACCCAGGAUAUGAUCCACCAUCUCGUCUCGGUGACUUUACAGGUUUUACCUUGUGAAAACGCAAAGACCGUCACAGAAACCAUUGUCACCAAAGACGGCGAAACCGUAACAAGGACAAAACCGUUGCCUUCGUUGAUGACCUUCAUCACCAAGUUGGUCAGAUACACCAACGUUUACACAGCUACCUUGAUGUCCACCAUUGUCUAUAUGAACAGACUAAAGGAAAAACUACCUCAAGAGGCAAAGGGACUACCAUGCACCAGACACAGGAUCUUCCUUGCCUGUCUUAUACUCUGCUCGAAAAACUUUAAUGACUCCUCUCCAAAGAACAAGCAUUGGGCAAAAUACACCGAUGGACUCUUCAGAAGAGAAGAUGUCAAUUUGAUGGAAAGACAACUGCUAAUGUUACUCGAUUGGGACCUCCAAAUCACAAAUGCAGAAUUGGCCCUUGUUUGGAAAAGAUUUCUUGACCCAAUCAAGGCAGACCUUAAGAAAAACUCCAGAAUCAGAAAGAGUUUGUCUAAGGGUAUGCUCACGGGCUCUACACAAACUAUCAUCAUUCCAAGGGAAAACAAGGACCCAAUCCAAGAAUCAGAUAUCUCCGCAGUCGAUCAACAAGAAACCCAACAUUCAAGAACAUCAUCUGUUUCUAGUUCCAUCUACUCCGUCCAUUCGAGGGCCUCAUCUGUGUCCUCCAUUGGAUCUUAUAACAAUCACUACUCCAAGCCAUCAAUUACACCUUCUUCGUCAAAUGAAAAUAUCAAGCAAGCACUUGACUCACUUUCGGCAAAUACCCCUCUUUCAAAUUACCUAAAAUCAGUCGCAAUGAAGGAAGAACAAGAGUUGAAUAACCUUAUCAGAGAAUAUUGCGGAUACUAA